AUCAGCGUCGACUCUGGCGACAGCUGGACUGCCCUAAAAUUCGUCUGUUCAUUAAAAAAUUGUCCUUUUGUUUCUAAUGAACAUUAAGAAAUGAAAUGAACGUUAUUUGGAGUGAUAAUUAGAUUCUAUUCGAUGGGGUCAAGCUUCACUCCUGAAUCUUGGACAAUAAUAAUUUUUGGGCGUUCGCCCAGGGCCGGAGUCGACGGUGGCGCCUCCCACCGCUGGGAUCAGCCCUAACGUCGAGUGGGGUCCCCUGACCCCCGGGUCUGGGACUCUACUUUAGUCUCUGCUCUAUGGCACCCUUCCGGGCUCAGUCCACAAGUCGCCGGUCAGCUGUGAAUGAUUUUUGGAGUGACUGGAGUGCCCUUGCUGCAUAAAUACUCGUGAAAUGUCAGACAGUUCUGACGACAGUCUCGAGGAUGGUCCCUGGGUGUUGUACAAAAAUCGUGACGAAUGGAAGGAUGUUGUGCCAGUGCCGCAGGACGACGGACCCCACCCGAUUGUUGCCAUCGCGUACUCAGAGAAGUUCAAGGACGCUCACGACUAUUUCCGUGCAAUAUUGAAAUCCGGUGAAAAAUCAGAACGAUCUCUUGCCCUGACCACCGACUGCAUCUGGUUGAAUCCAGCUAAUUACACUGUCUGGCAAUACCGUCGUGAUGUGCUGAAGGCCCUUGGAAAGGAUCUAAGAGAGGAAUUGAAGUUUAUUGACUCUGUGACUGACUCCAACCAGAAGAACUACCAGGUCUGGCACCACCGUAGGGCCAUUGUCGAGUGGCUGCAGGAUCCGAGCCGCGAGUUGGAGUUCACAGCACGAAUUCUGGAGAAAGACGCCAAGAAUUAUCAUACCUGGCAGCACAGGCAAUGGGUACUCACUGCAUUUCGGCUGUUCGACAAAGAACUUGAAUAUGUGGACAGAUUAUUAAAGGAGGACGUGCGGAAUAAUUCAGCUUGGAAUCAAAGAUAUUUCAUUCUCAACCAUACGACCAAUUUUGAAUCUGAAGUCAUAGAUAGAGAAGUAGAUUACGCCCUGGAGACCAUUGAUAUUGUCAAGGGAAAUGAGAGUGCGUGGAAUUACCUCAGGGGGGUUUUAAUACACGACGAAAAAGGAGGACUUGCCUACAAUGAGAAAGUUCUGAAAAAAUGUGAAGAAUGGUACAACAACGGCUGUCGUGUCAAUCAUCUGUUAGCAUGCAUAAUUGAUAUUUGUCAGGAGCGAUACAAGAACGAGCCCACAGAAUCCCUUUUCCACUUAAAUAAUGCUCUCACGCUCGCCAAAGAAUUAUCGGAGAAACACGACAGAAUACGCAGGAGAUAUUGGGAUUACGUUACCCAACAAUUAUCUGAAAAACUCAAAACCACCUGUUGAAUCGUUAAAUCAACAUCCCCUCGUCCAUGUGUUCCAUAAAAAUAUGUUGAAUAAACUGAGAAGGAAAUUUUUUAAAUGUACAAAACCACUUGCAACGUUAAUUCAUCUAUUUUAUUUAUAAAAUAGUUACAUACUCCCAGUUUUUUUUUUGUAAUACAAUAACUAAUAACAUAAUAAUUGGUUUGGCAUAACUAAGAUGACUUUGAACGUAGCAACUCCAUUGACUUUAGUUUCUCAUCGAGAUUGAGAGAUUUUUUUCUUCUUCGUUUGUUCGUUAAUAAGCAAUUUCGAACGAAAAAUUUACAGUUUUAAAAGCAAAUAUUUUACAAGCGUACGAAUGACAGGCAGUGACUGCAUUACCCGGGGUCAAUUGCAUAUUGUUAAUUGCAUUUUGUAGGCAAAUAAAAACAUCAGCGAUAAUUUAA